UCGCAUCGUCUUCUCAAGCUUCGUCCUCCUCCUUCGACGGAAGCAGAGAUGAUGCUUCUUCCCGACGUCCACGAGAGCGGAGCCUCCUCCACCAUCACCUCCUCGUCGUCGUCCUCCUCCUUGUCCUCCGUGACUACCUCCUGUUGUCCCAAUGCCACUCCGCCGCCGCCAUCCAGGGGCGCCAGAUCCAAUAAGCGGGAGGCCCCCGCCGCCGCAGUCGUCGGAGAAACCAACAAGCGGAGGAAGGACGGGAAGCACCCGGCGUACCGCGGCGUGCGGAUGAGGAACUGGGGCAAGUGGGUCUCGGAGAUCCGGGAGCCCCGCAAGAAGUCGCGGAUUUGGCUGGGGACGUUCCCCACCGCCGAGAUGGCGGCGCGCGCGCACGACGUCGCCGCCAUGACCAUCAAGGGCCGAUCCGCCCACCUCAACUUCCCCGAGCUCGCCGCCGCGCUCCCCCGCCCCGCCACCGCCUCCCCCAAGGACAUCCAGGCCGCCGCCGCGCUCGCCGCCGCCGCGCUCGCGCUGCCGCCGCUCUCAGAUUCGCCAGCGACCCCCUCGAGCCAGGACGCCGCCGCCGCCCCAGCCGACGACGAUGAGGUGUUCGACCUCCCGGAUCUGUUGUUCCUCGACCUGAGAGAAGAAGGGUUCCGCUGCUCGUCCUCGAUCGGGACCGAUUUCCCCAUCGAAGAACCAUUCCUGUGGGAGUACUACUAAAGCUCUCUCCCCUCGCAUUCCCGAAACCCUAAUUUUCCACAUCUCUGACGGCGCGCAGCAAAAAAAGCAAUCGAUCAAAACAAAGGUCAAAUCUUUCGCUUUUCCCCUCAACAAAUAACUGGAUUCAAUGCUCUCUCCUCGAUCUCCUCUGCUUCCAUCUCCAUUUUCCUCUUCUUCUUCUUCAAUUCCUCAAUAAGAGCUCGAAUCAUUAAGCUUUGGAAUCAAGAUCUUCCAUUGCUGAUGAAUUGUAAAACAUUUAUUUCAACUGUUUCCCUCAAUUCCCCCCUUUCUUUUUCUUCCUUUUUAAUCCUAUCGUAUUUACAAACAAUAUUAUUUUUUUAAAAAAAAAACUUAAUUAUAUUUGCAUUUAUGUAAAAUAUUUAAAAAUUUGAUAAUUUAUUUUUUUACGAUAUGUCUUUCCCAUCUACCUAUCUAUAUUGUUACACAUUACCGAAUCGAACAAGUCGUUAGCAUAUGUGUGAUCGAGAAAGCGACACACAGAAGAGAUUCGAAAUAAGAAUCGACAGCCAUUGACAUCAAACUUUCUCGAUUAUUAAACCAAUGUGUAACUUUCACAUCUAAAUUAUAACCUCCAGACAAAAAAAGAAAGGGGCAAUCAUGCAUUCAAUCGACUACUUCCCGUGAAUUUGUUUGUAGUGUCCCAACUCUCAAAAGCGUAAACCACGUGAUUGUCAUGGCCUAUUUCAUUCAAAUAUUUUUCAAUAAAUGAGAAAUCCAUAUAUGAAUUUAAUAGGAUACUCGGAUGGUGCAUCACACGGACAAGAUCAGAAUUUUUUUUUAAUUCAUUCUUAGUAGGAAAUAAGUUGCUUCUAUUUAAGAGGUCAUUUGAUAGUAUGAUUUAUCUCCCUUCCAUAACAUUUUGGGACAAAUAGUUGAGGACAUAUGAAAUAAGCGUUAUCACCUUUUGUAUCACAUAAUAAGGUAAAAAUUAAAAGAACUCUCUAUUUUUUUUAAUUAUUAAAGGAGUGCCCUUUUUCAUUUUUUCUCUCAAAAGGGCUUCCGUUUCC